AUGGGCCACAAAAACUACGUGGGGAAGAUCGCUCUCGUGGGAGCAGGAGGACGAAUAGGUAAACAUAUAACCCAUUCCAUUUUAUCAACAGGAAAACACAUCGUCACAGCCCUCACUCGUCCGGACAGCAACCCCAUCCUCCCCUCAGGCGUAACCGUCAUCAAGGUCGACUACAACAACCACGACUCCCUUGUCAACGCACUCAAGGACCAAGACGUCCUUAUCAUAACAUUAAACAUUACAGCUCCUCCAGAAAUACAACACAACCUCAUCGACGCCGCUGCCGCUGCCGGGGUGGCAUGGAUCCUACCCAACGAGUUUGGCGGUGAUCCGCUUGGCUGCAAUUACGUUGGUCUUGCAUGCGGGUUCUGGUAUGAGUUCAGCCUGGGCGGUGGGCCGAACAGGUUCGGAUUCGAUUUCGAUAAGCGGUCGUUGGUGAUUAUGGAUGAUGGGAAGACGAGAAUUAGUACAUCGACUAUGCCGCUGGUUGGGCAGGCAGUGGCUGCUCUUCUUAGUCUCCCAAUCUCACCUUAUGCCCAUCAAGAUGAUAAGAGCGCCGCGAGUCUUGCAGACUUUCAGAACGGAACCGUAUACAUCUCUUCGUUCACACUAUCCCAGCAGGACAUACUGCAAUCCGUUCUUCGCGUGACUGGCACAAACCUGGAAGACUGGAAGCUUCCGCAUACCACGGCCAAAGACCGCUGGAAGUCUGGGCAAGACAUGUUCAAGGCUGGUAACAUGGUUGGGCUGGUCAGGUUGAGUUAUUCGCGUGCAUUCUUUCCCGAUGAUCCGGAAAUUUUCGAGAUGAGUACUGGUCGUAGUAGUAGUAAUACAGGAGGAGGACUGGAUAAUGAGGUGUUGGGGCUUUCCCAGGAGAAUUUGGAUGAGUUUACCAAAAUUGGGAUAGAUACUAAGCUGACGUAUGUGAAAUGA